AUGGGCACUUCACUUCCAGUCCUCAACGCCGACAAAGAUGGUUCUCCCUGUUCUGUCUUCAAACUCGUUCCCGACGGCGAUGUUAUCCUGGUGGUUGGCCCAAGUCAGCACAAGAUCCAGGUGUCUUCACACUUCCUCAAACUCAUCUCUCCUGUUCUUCGAGUUAUGCUCAAUGCUCCGAUGAAGGAAGGAGAAGCACUUGCAAACAAAUGCGACACUGACGGCCCCGUUGAGAUCUUUCUUCCUGAGGACAAGGAACAGCCGAUGGCGCAGGUAUUGCGUACCCUUUACGGCUCAGACCCAAGCACCAAAACGUACCCGAUGAGUGAAGUCAAGGUGAUCGCAAUUCUCGCGGAGAAGUAUGGAAUGGUUGAACGUCUCGAAAUUUUUGCAUCUUUCUGGCUCAUCUCCGCCGUCAAGGUGCGCAUGACAGAAGUUUCCGAAAAUGCCUGGAACGCAUUGGUCGUCGCAUAUAUCCUCAAGAUCGAUUGGGCAUUCUUCUCCAUAAGCAUGGCCAUGCUCAAGACGAGGAACAGCCUCCUUAAGUUCGUAGCCAGCUUUCAUGACAAGCAUACUGGUCAGCGCCUUGGAAUGGCUAUUGAAGAACUGCGCAGUACCUACUUGAGCCAGAAAGGGACCACCAAGCUCGAGAAAGGCCUGUGCCUGUUCUGCUUUUCCCGCGCAACUGACUCUUUCACCCGACAGCGUAAGGAAUGUAGCCUCCAUGAUCGUCAUUUUUACGUUUGA